AUGUAUUUACUCUCCGAAACUUUGAGGGAAGAUCUAAUUUGUCCCAUCUGUUCAGACUUAUUCACCAAUCCGGUGUCACCAGACUGUGGCCACAACUUUUGCCGCUCCUGUAUCACGCAGUUAUGGGAACAUGAAGAUAGAAACUCCUGUCCGGAAUGUAGAGAGGAGUUUGUGGACCGCAGCCUUGCUGGACGGGAACACAAGUCUCACAGCUUCAUGCCGGUAGAUGAAGCUGUUGAAAUCUACAAGGAACAGUCACAGUUUCUGCAGUCCCACAUCACGUCCCUUUUUGCUGAACUGCACCAGACUCUCGUCGAUAAAGAACAACGCCUACUUAAAUAUCUCAGCGACGAGAAGACGAUGAUUCUAAAUACAAUGGAGAAAAAUCUUCAAGAGAUUCAAAUGCAUUUGAAUCUUAUGCAGCAGGAACUCCCAAUUUUACAGAAACAACUGGAUCAAGUAAAUGGUGUGACAUUACUCCAGAAAGUUGCCGAAAUGGCUUCCAAGGCACAGAGUGAGAAUUGGACAGAGGAGACAAUUUGCUCCAUCUGCCUUGAAUUCUUCACCAAUCCAGUUUCACUGGAAUGCGGGCACAAUUUCUGUCGCCACUGCAUCACUCGGUGCUGCGAAACGAAUAGUGUGAAUUACUGCCCGGAGUGCAGGCGCGAAUUUCCCGGUAUCCCUUCCACCAUCAACUGGGCCCUGGCGAGUCUGGCCGAGAAAGCACAAAAGUUAAAGCAGAGCCAGAAGGAGAAGAAAAGUAAACUCCUCUGCGAGGAACACGAGGAAGAGCUGAAGCUUUUUUGUGACACAGACAAGAAACUGAUCUGCCUGAUUUGUCGAGAUGCGCGGGAACACAAGUCUCACAAUUGUAUACCGAUUAAGGAAGCUGUCGAAAUCUACAGGGAUCAGAUGAAAUCCUCCUUCAUCUCUCUCUCCAAGAAGAUAUCAGAAUUCCAGGAAAUGGAACUGCAGCAGAAACAGACGAUUAGUAAGAUUAAGUCGCGCUACCUACAGACUCGCGUGGCUUCAGAAUUCGCUGAGGUGCACAAGGUUCUUACUGAGAAAGAACACAGCUUAAUCAAAGGCCUCAAGGAAGAAGAGGUGAAAUUCGUGAGCAUAAUGGAAAGAAAUCUUAAAUACAUUCAAGAUAAGUUGAUAUCCAUUCAAGGGAAGCUGGCAAAUCUGGGAAAACAGAUGAAACAGAAAGAUGGAGCUAUCUUCCUGAAGGAGGAAACCUCUCGGAAGAGCAGCCUUAACGAAAUAGAUCAGAAAGUGUCGGUGACUGGAGGCAGCCUCUCGAUGGGACAUUUCAACUGCACUUACCGUUUGCAGUGUGGAGAGAAUAUAUUGACACUGUUAAAUCUGGAUAGCGCGCAUCCGGAGCUCGAGGUGUCCGGCCGCCUGAUGAAUCUGGGAGUCGCCGCAGAGUCUGUGGAGAGGAAGAGACGGGUCGACCUGAAACCAGAGGAAGGAUUCUGGACCAUCGAGAGAUAUCGUGAGGAUGUUUCCGCAAGCAAUUCUUCCCAGAUCCCUCUCUCAGCCGGUCCCGUCCCCGGGAGGGUGGGCGUUUACCUCAGUUACGAAUCGGGGACGGUCUCAUUUUAUGAUGCGGACACCAAGUCCCACCUCCACACGUUCACCGGGAAUAAAUUCGUGGGGAAAAUGUAUCCCUUCUUUGGUGCUUGGGAUGAAAAUCAAUGGCUGAAGAUAUGCUUCAUUCCCUGCUCGAAUCAGUAAAAGGGUUGGGUCCCGGGACCGGCGUCAUGAGCGGGGCUGAUGGGCUGUGGGGCAGAAACCGUGUGGAAAACAGGUUGGCGC